AUGGUCACGCCGAUUCUGGAGCCGCCUGUGGGCCAAAAGUCCGACUUCGACAACCCAGAUCGCGACAUGUACAAUAUGUGUAUCGUGUCCAAUGUCAUGGCCAUGUCAAUAUGCUCAAUCUUCAUCGUGAUGCGAUUGUGGACACGCUACCGACUUUUCAUGGGGUGUUGCACAAUCUGUCUAAUAAGGCUGGAGUAUGGCGGUGGGUUACACGCGUGGGAUGCACAGACUGUCUACGCCACCAUGGUGAUUUACGGCCCAACAGUAUUCGCCAUCAAGGCAGCCAUCGCUCUCUUCAUCGCGCGCAUCUUUGAACCGUAUCGAACCUACGUCAAGUGGAUAUACGGCUUCCUCAGUGUCAUGGCCAUUUACUACAUCAUCAUGCUGUUCCUCAAGAUGCUCAUCUGCCGCCCGAUAUCGCGAUUCUGGGAUCCUUCUGUCGAGGGCGAAUGCUUCAAUCAACGUGCCUUGAUUCUCACGGACAACGUCAUCAGUCUUUUUAGCGACGUCGUCGUGUUGCUCCUACCCUGCCCGUUGACAAAAAAGCUUCAAGUUGGGCUAUGGGCGAAGAUUAAAAUCGCUGCUGCCUUUAGUGCGGGAGGCAUUGCUUGCAUUUUCGGUCUCAUUCGCUUAGUCUUUAUCGUCAAAGAUGGCACAAGUCCAGACCAAACCUACGUUUUUGUGAAGAUCAAUCUUACAGGAAUCGCUGAGUGUGGCAUUGGAAUCAUUUGUGCCUGCUUACCGCUCAUGCCCAUGCUGUGGAAGUCCAUCCUCCAACCCGACAAGCCGCUCUAUGCAUCAAAUGUAAGGUCACGAUUCGAGAUGAUGACCUCUUCACAACAGAAAUCUGGAAGUACAACCAAUACCCAUACCAACUGUCAUUAUCCAAGCGGUACGGAGAGCGAUGAGAAUAUCCUCAUCGGCAACGGCAAGGCUCAGAUUACAGCGCAAGUCCAGGUUGACAGAGAUUCGAGUUUUACAGAAACCAAUAACUCGGAAGGCGAUGGCAAAAAGUGCAAGGGCAGUCUUGAUGAGGUACGGAUUUAUCGGACAGUGGAGAUUCACCAGUAUGAGGAGCGUUGA